AUGGAGACGACGACAGCUGCUUUUUCGGCGCCCCUUGAGCGCUCUGUAUCACAACAAUCUGCCACGUCAAUAAGGAGCCAUCGAUCGACCGCCCGCACGCGGAAGAAGCUGACAUCACAGCCGUCGAGCUCGGCAUCCUCCAUCGCCCCCUCCGACAAGUCAUUGACCUCGUUCCCCUCCUUCUCUCCCGACUCGCCCCGCGAAGAGGGAACCAGUUAUUUCCGCGGCGGCAAUGAUAUGACGCCGGUGGUCUCACCUCGGAAAGCGUCUGGGCUAAGCCUGGCCGCUUCUGACAAGGGACAGGAAGAAGAGGGGCAAGGACCGGAAGAAGGGGAAGGGCAAGGGCAAGGGCAGGAGCAAAACAAGCAAAACAACCAACAGGACCAGUUGCAACUGUCUACAACUGUCGAUCAUCUCACGAACACGGCGGUGUCGCCCGCGCGCGGCGCCCUGUUUGAGGAUGCGCCGCUAGCUUCGCGCAAAAUCCCUGGGGCUUUGCACCUCGCCGAUGACGAGCAUAUCGAGCGCUUGAUCACCCGCCAUGGCGCGGUCAACCUCGUACGCCAGAUUGCCGAAGACUUGGCUCAGCGGGAUGUUCAGAUUGUACACAUGCGCCGUCGCGCAGAGGAGCGGGAGCGGGCGCUGCGCAAGAUCGUCCUGGAAUGUGGCCUGUCCAGCCUGGAUAUAGAGACACGGCUCCGGGCCAUGGAACAGGAAGCAAAGGCAAACGGGACGUCGAGGCGAGGGUCGAGGGAAGGACUUUCGGAUCUUAUGACUGAUGCGAUGGCCCAAGACCUCCGACACCCCUUCCCCAGUCACGUCUUUGACGACGCCACCAUCCGGCCGAGCUCGGUGCCCUUGCCUACCGGUGCAGGAAACGACACUGCGAGAGGCUCGACACGAGGGUGGAAGGAUUACCUUUGGGGCGGCGGCGGCAACACGGCCAAAAAGUCUGGACGAACUAAUAACACAGUGAGAGAGGCCAGCAAACAGCCGACCGCCGUUGUGAAAGCGACACCAACAGAGCGACGGCCGGCGCUCCAGGAAGACCUGUUCAACCCCCCCGAGGAGGGUUCUGUGCGUAGCUCUAGCAGAGCAUCCAGCGUCAACUCGAGCAAUGCCUCCCGGAAGCCGUCGCUAGCUAGACAAGGAUCUGAUGAGAACACAAUCGAGCUCAAGCCUCAGCAUGAGUGGUCCAACCCGCGCCGUAUCAGCGCAGGGUGGCCCGAAGGCUCUGAUGGCAAUGCGCCGACCCGCCGGGCCCGUCCGGCCCAUCGACGUUCCAUCGCGAACACAGCUCCCGGAACGCUGGGACACUAUGGUAUCGACCCCUGGCGGAGACCCGGUUGCACCACACCAGAACUACGGCCCCGUCGAGAUGGACACCAUUCUGCCGCCCGAAGCCCAGCCGCCAACCUUGACACACAUCUACAACAAUCACGUCGAGCGCCGACUUUCUCACGGAUCGCUUUGGUUUCAUCUACGACCAGCGACGGAAGAAGCGCGAGCGAGAGGCCGCGCAAAUGGCCCGGCCAUGCCAAAAAGAACAGCCGUGCCGAAAUGAUUCAUGGACGGCACGGGCUUUCUCCGGUGCUGUUGGAGGACAGCUCCAGCGGAAAAGUGAGCGUUGGGAGCGACGGGCGGCCCGGCACGCCCUGUUCCUCCGAAGAGCCUCGUGAGGACACCAAGCCCAAGAGGUGGCAGGACUAUCUCAAGAUCGCGACCUUUCCGACGGAACUGCUCUCGCACACGCCUCUGAUAAGCGCUCAGGGCUUUGAGGUGCUGGAAGCCGCCGAGGCGCCCAAGUCGCCGGGCCAUUCACCCAGCAUGAUGUCGGAAGACCGAGGAUUCCUGCCGUCUGCGACAACCACGGCGGCCAUAACACCAAGCGACACCGAGAUCCAGCCCCGACGCGAGGGUGAGCAGCCACCUGCCGCAACCCUUGCGAAAGAAGACGCGGAGCCGGUUAGGAUGCUCCUCGAGAACCUAAACAACCUCCACGACACCUUACAACGGGAAAAGACAGUACGAUGGAACGACUUCCUACGAAAGGUCAGAGCAGAGCGGAAACGAGACGGCGAAGCCGCAGCUGCUGCUGCUGCCGCGGCCGCCGAAGCCCGCUUCCAACGCGCCACGGCCGUCAUGCCCGAAACCCGCCUCGGCGACGGCGAACUGAUCGGCGUCGCCAGCCUCGGCAUCCAAGGCAAAGUCGGCCGCGCCAAGGCCAACGAGUUCCGCUCUCUCGUCCUCGGCGGCGUCCCCGUCGCCUCGCGCUCCAAAAUCUGGUCCGAAUGCUGCGGCGCCAACGCGCUGCGCAUCCCAGGCUACUACGCCUCGCUCAUGGCCCGCCCGGAAUCAUCCGACGACGCCCAGGUCGUCGCCCAGAUCAAAGCCGACAUUACCCGCACCCUCACCGACAACAUCUUCUUCCGCAAAGGGCCAGGCGUCCAAAAACUCCACGACGUCUUACUCGCCUACUCCCGCCGCAACCCCGACGUCGGCUACUGCCAGGGCAUGAACCUAGUCGUGGCCAACCUCCUCCUCAUCACCCCCUCCGCCGAGGACGCCUUCUGGAUCCUCUGCUCCAUGGUCGAAACCAUCCUGCCGCCGCACUACUUCGACCAUUCCCUGCUGGCCUCCCGCGCCGACCAGGUCGUGCUGCGCCAGUAUGUCGCCGAGCUCCUCCCCAAACUCUCCGCCCACUUCGACGACCUGGCCAUCGACCUCGAGACCAUGACCUUCCAGUGGUUCCUCUCCCUCUUCACCGACUGCCUGUCGGCCGAGGCCCUGUUCCGCGUCUGGGACGUCGUGCUGUGCUCGCCGCUGGACGCCGCCGCGUUCCUGUUCCAGGUCGCCCUCGCGCUGCUGAAGCUGAAUGAGGCGCACCUGCUGCGCUGCGGGCUGGUGAGGAGGGAUGAGGUGGAGGUGAGGAGGAGGAGGGCUGUGGAGGGCGAGAUGGGUGGUGGUGGUGGUGGGGGGAUGCCUGUGGAGGUGCAGGUGGAGGGGAGGGGGGUGGAUGAGACGGUGGUCAAAAACAGUGGUGAGGGGGGUGGCGGUGUGGCGCAGAAGGCGGGCGUGGUUCCCGCUGUGGUGAGCCAGGAGGUGGUUAUGGGCGGGCUGAGUAGGAGUGCUAGUCGCGCGCCUAGCCCCGCGGGGGAGCGUAAGGGUGGCGAGGGUAGUGUUGGCAGUGGGAGUGGUGGUGGUGGUGGUGGUGGUGAUCUGCUGACCCCGGGAGGGGCGAGUGGAUGA